AUGAUGAAAAAAUAUAAUGCCAUGCAUGAACAUAAUUACUUUUGUGAUAAAAAAGUAAAUCGUACUGUAAAGAUAACUAAUGAUUAUGAUGAAUGUGAUUCUACAUUAGAUUGGUACAUAGACCUAAGUUCAAUUGACGAAGAAGAAGAUAUAAAAAAUAUGCGUCUUUCUCAUUUAUUAAAAUUAGAACUUGAAAAAGACUUAUUGAAAGAGUCCAAAAAUAAAAAAUCCUCAAAAGACCGACAAUAUGAUGAAUUAAUUAAUAAAAAUAAUCAAAAUAUGUUAAAUAUCGCUAAUAAUUCAAAUAAUAUAACACCAAAUAUUUCAACGAAUAAAAAAGCAAGAACUGAUCAUUACAAUAAUAGUUUGCAAGGUGUGAACUUUUCAUUGGGUACAAUCAAUCCAAAAGUCAAGAAAGAUAAUGAUAAUGUUACGAAAACAUCUGCAAACAUUGGUGGUGGAAGCUAUGGUCCAGAUUCAAAAAAAGAAUUUCAAUGGCAUGAUGAAGAAAUAAAUCAUACUGAAAUGAUAAAAAAUGAUUAUGAUGAAUGUGAUUCUGUAUUAGAUUGGUACAGAGACUUAUGUUCAAGUGAUGAAGAUGAAGAGGAAGAUAUAAAAGAUAUGCCUCUUUCUCAUUUAUUAAAAAUAGAGCUUGAAAAAGAUUUAUUCAAGGAGGUAAGACCCUGAUAAAACGUUCACGGCCACUGUAUAAUUUGAAAAAUCAACAAAAAUCAUUUCAUCCUAAAUUGACAGUUUCUUGAAAAUUAUAUACAGUUCAAUUAAAAAAAGUCUACAGUACACCAGGAUAUACAUCAUAUUUACACAAGUGUAAAAUAU